CCUAAUAAAGACAACAAAGAAGAAGCUACGCCAUAUUGGUGCGACCUAAACCAGCUUUGUUUGUGUGACAUUAGCCGAUUAAUGUUCUAUAAUUAAACGUCACGGUGACAUAAUUAUACACUAUAGUAGGCCAGCCGCUGUAGUUUGUACUGCCGUUCACCUCAAUGUGGGUUUAUUGACAAUAAUGGCGUAUCUUCACCCUUUAAAAGCCUUGUUACACCGAAGUCUGCAACACACAGCGGCAGCGCAAACAUGUCAGUUGCGACUGUUAGCUCACGCGCGCAGGACUUUGUCCACAACACCAGGACUGGUCCUUCUCGGGACAGAUAGUCCUCUGUCUGCGCUGAGUUGUCUCCGUGUGGCUGUGAGACCGCUCCACUGUUCAGCCAGAAACAGGAGCAGGCCAGAGGACGAGAACAAAGCGGCGGUGUCCAGGUAUCAGCGCGCAAGCCCCAAAGCUUCAGCUUCCCAGAAGGUAAAAGAAGCUGGUAAAGACUUCACCUACCUGAUAGUUGUGAUCAUCGGACUGGGAGUGACAGGUGGACUGCUGUAUGUGGUUUUCCAGGAGCUGUUUUCGUCCAAAAGCCCAAAUAAAGUCUACGCAAAAGCUUUUGAUAAAGUCAGGUCACACCCAGAGGUAAUCGGGGCAUUUGGCGAGCCAAUCAAGUGCUACGGUGAGACCACCCGCAGAGGAAGGAGGCAGCAUCUCAGUCAUCUGGAGUAUCUGAAGGAUGGACUGAAGCACUUGAGACUGAAGUUUUACAUUGAAGGCUCCGAGCCAGGCCUGAAAGGAACUGUUCAUUCAGAGUCGAAGGAGAACCCAGAAACGGGGAAAUAUGAAUUUCGUUAUAUAUUCGUGGAUCUAGAUACCUACCCCAAACGGAGCAUCAUCAUAGAGGACAACAGAUGAGAACCCCUGCUGUUCACAAUCUGCAUUAUUUAAAUAAACAAGGCACUGGUCACUGGAUUACAA